UUUAUUUUUAUUUUGUAAAUGUGGAAAAUUACAAUAUUUCCCAGUGUCAUACCUGUAUAAUAACUAAAAUUCAAAUUAAUCUGAUGAGAUUAUAUAUAAUACAAUAAAAUAACAAUAAAUAGUUAUUUGGGGUGUAUUAAGCCGCAGAUUAUUUGGGAAAAUAUAUAUCCAGAUAAAUAAAUAUUUUAGGUAGUUCUCAUUUGUUUGAACAGCUGCCUAUACUCUCCGAGUUCGUUUUGCUUAUUUGUUUGGGUCUCCCUGUUGGUUUUUUCCCAUUUUUUUUUUUUUGCAUUUUUGAUAAGAGAAUUUUUAAAGUGUGAAAAUUUAAUCAAAUUUGGCAUUGAUAGGCGCGAUAAUGUUGGGUUUAUGCGUCUGCAAAGUAUGAAGUAAAUAUAGGAAAUUCAACGCUGAAAUUGUUUUAAAAAGAUUCAACUAGAUUUCACAGAAAAAUCUGUCCUGAAACCCAGUGAAAGGUAUAACUUCAACACAAUAUCUUCAUUUAAAAAAACUCCAACUUAGACACUCCAACUCAAUGUCGGUGUCCUUGGAAGGAUCGUUCAUUAACGAAAGCAGCACCGAUGAACAGCAACCGGAAGCCACCGAGAAUCUGGAUGCGGUUGAUGUGGAUGUGGAACAGGCCCAGAUAACGGAGCCACUGGAAGAGGAAGUGUGGAUGAGCCUGCACGGUUUCCAGGAUGGCGAGGAUGACCACCUGUUGGUUAUCUUUUCAUUCUACUGUUCACUAUCCGAUUUCCGCCAGGUACCCGGCGGCCUGGAGUUACGCUUCACCUCUCCAGAGCACCUGGAACGGGGUUGCCUAUUGGCCAAGAGAUUUGUGGCCAAUAAAAUGCCACUCCACUGGCAUCUGGGGCGACUGGAGGUAAGCUCGGAGAAUGCCAUUGUUGGGAGUCUUCAUGGCAAGAUGAGCUUUUUUCGCAAGUUGCGACGGGCCUUCGCCAACUACUUUCAGUAGUGGUAAUUGUUUUCAAAAAUGUUUUAAUCCUAGUAUUAAAAAUCCGAUUCAAAAGAAAAUUGGAAAAUUCAGGAAUGUUGUUUGGGAAUAUUAAAUGUUGUAGAAAGUUUAAGAAUUUAAA